UGUCAUUCAGAAGUAAUUUCAAAAAUGUGUCAUGUUAUAUUCAUUUCAAGAAUAUCGGAAAUAUGAUCAGUAUCUACAGAAAUCCAGAAUAAAAUAUAGUCAUUUGAUGGAUGCCCAAAGAAAACGUUGUGCUGCUGGAGAAUUAGAAACAGAAGGCAUUAAUAAAGCACUUUCGAAUGAUAUUUCAGUAUAUGCAACUGAUUCGCAAACACUGAAGGAUCUAGCAACUCGUCUGAGGAUACAUAGCGUUGAAUCUACGUCUGCCGCUAAUUCAGGGCAUCCCACAACUUGUUCCUCCGUUUGCGAAAUCCUUGCUGUACUUUUCUUCAGAACGAUGCGUUACAAAGUUUCCGCACCUAGAGAUCCUUCCAGCGACCGCUUCAUCCUUUCGAAAGGACACGCUGCUCCUGCUCUUUACGGAACUUGGGUGGAAAACGGAUUCAUGCCUGCUGAAGAUUUGUUCAAUCUUAGACAAUUGAACAGCGAUCUGGAAGGACAUCCUACCCCUCGUCUUAGUUUUAUCGAUGUUGCGACAGGAUCGCUUGGACAAGGACUUGCCAUUGCUAACGGGAUGGCUUUUGUGGGGAAGUAUAUCGAUAAAGCCGAUUACAGAGUUUACUGUCUCAUAGGCGAUGGAGAAUGCGCAGAAGGAUCGAUUUGGGAAUCUGUGGCCUUCGCAGGUUACAAUCAUCUAGAUAACCUGGUACUUAUCUUGGAUGCGAAUCGCUUGGGUCAAACGGAACCGACCAUGGUUGGUCAUCAACUGGACGUCUACUUAAGACGACUGACCGCGUUUGGUUUCAAUUGUGUUAUCGUCGAUGGACAUGAUGUCGAUGCUCUUGUAGGAGCUUUCAAUGCAGUUUCAUCGGUUAAAGGCAGGCCCAGUGCUGUCAUUGCAAAAACUGUAAAGAUGGAAGCACACACUCUUAUCAUUAUUUCCAUAAAAGGACAAUUUCACUCAAAACAUCGCUUUCCAAACCAGGCUAAAGAUUUUCCAGGCUUCGAAGACGAAGUAAUUUGGCACGGCAAACCUUUGGGCGGAGAAACUGGGAGAGUACUCAAACACCUCAAUUCCCUUUUGAAGAGCAGCCGCCCUUUGAAGUUCACUAUUCCUCCACCACCAGUCCAAAUCUCACCUGUUGACAUUUCAAAUAUAAAACUCGACUCUCCCCCAUCGUACCAGAAGGGUGACAUGUUUGCCACCAGAUCAGCUUAUGGUACUGCCCUAGUGAAGCUGGUGAAGUCGAAUGCGAGAGUAAUAGCACUUGAUGGAGACAUGAGAAACUCCACGUUCGCAGAGGAGCUGAAGAGGAGGUUCGAUUCGAACUACAUCGAAGGUUUCAUCGCUGAACAAAAUUUCGUUGGUGUAGCUAUAGGAGCGACAUGCAGGGAUCGAACCGUGGCUUUUGUAUCAACAUUUGCUGCCUUCUUGACUAGAGCCUUCGACCAGAUCAGAAUGGCUGCUGUUUCCCGAUCCAAUAUAAACAUCUGUGGUUCACAUGGUGGUAUUUCUGUUGGAGAAGAUGGCGUUAGUCAAAUGGGACUAGAGGACUUGGCAAUGUUCAGAUCCAUUCCGGGUUGCACGAUUUUCUACCCCGCUGAUGUUGUAGCGGAAGAAAGGUCUGUAGAAAUGGCUGCUAACACGAGAGGGGUGACUUAUAUCAGGAACACGCGGUGCCCAACUGCAGUUGUAUAUGGUAACGACCAUGUUUUCUGUAUUGGAAAAGCUAACGUCCUUCUUCAGUCCAACAUUGACCAACUCCUCAUCAUCGCUGGAGGAAUAACCUUGCACGAGUCCUUGACCGCCGCAAAGCAACUCUCAGAAGACGGCAUCCACGUCAGGGUGAUGGAUCUCUUCACCAUAAAGCCCAUUGAUGGGGAAGCGAUAAUAAAAAACGCGAAAGAGGUGGGGGAACGGACUUUGGUUGUGGAGGAUCACUAUCCAGAAGGAGGUAUCGGAGAAGCUGUUUUGUCUUCACUCGCCAUGGAAACCAAUAUUCUUGUGAAGCACGUGGCUAUUAGAGAAGUUCCCCAUUGUGGUAAACCAGUUGAUUUGAUGAAGCACUAUGGAAUCGAUGCUGAGGCUAUUUCCGGUUAUGUUAAAGAAAUGUUGAAUAAAUGAUACGUGUGAA